AUUUAAAAAUGAAUUCACUAGAAUCCUCGAUUGUCCUACACACAGGAAAGGUGAUGCCUUCCUUGGGGCUUGGGACUCUGAUGCUAACUGACAAGGAUCAUAUCUUGAACUGUAUCCAGAACGGAUACAGGCACAUUGAUACUGCCCAGGACUACGAAAAUGAAGAUAUUGUUGGCCAAGCCAUCAACGAAGCUGUAGAGCAAGGCAUCUCCAGAGACGAGUUGUUCCUCACAACCAAGAUUUGGAGCACUGGAUACGCAGACCCAGUUGAAUCACUCAAGCAAAGCUUGAGUAGGCUAAACCAAGACUAUGUUGAUCUUGUCCUAGUUCAUUGGCCAAUGAAUGAUGUUGACAAGGAAGGUGAUAAACCUUCCUUCAAGAAAAUUCCGAUGUACAAGAUCUGGCAAGGAAUGGAGCAGUGUGUGGAGCAAGGCCUAGCUAAACAUAUCGGAGUUUCUAACUUUAACUGUCAAUUACUGUUGGACAUGCUGAGUUAUUGUGAGAUCAAACCUGCGUGCAACCAGAUAGAGCUGCAUCCAUAUUGCCAACAGCCUGAGUUAAUAUCAUUUUGCCAGCAGAAUGAUAUCCAAGUUGUUGGGUAUUCACCUUUGAGCAACCCUAGCAGACCGUUUGGCGGUGGAGGAGUCGUCACCGUACUUGAAGAUCCUAUCAUCAAAGAAAUUGCUGAAAAAGAUGCUAAAACUGCUGCUCAAGUAUGCCUCAGUUGGAAUCUAUCAAGGAAAGUUGGGCUUGUCGUAAAAUGAUCUACUAGCAUUGAGAGAGCAAUCGAAAACCUUGAGGCCUUGGAUUAUGUGAUGAACCCAGACGAUAUUGACAAGAUAAAUAAAAUUGACAAGAAUGAAAGAGUAUUCGAUGCUAUCAAUUGGGAGGAUUGUCUUAAUGUUCCAAUCUUUAAAUAAACUGAUCUUUCAA